AUGUUCAAGCAGGGCUUCUCAAACCAGGGAGUCAGUCCCCCCCCCCCCCCUUCGCAUAUUUGCAUGAUCUAUGUUGCGAAUACUGGUGACAGUUUGAAUAUUUGCACGCUGCAUGUCGAAAAUGUUGAUGAAAGCUGUAUUCAUAAUUGUAUGCUAGAGAAUAUCCACCAUACUGACAGGAUAAUCAAUUCCCUCAGAAAUGAUGCUGUGUGUGAUAUUGUGAGUGAUGCUGGGGGUGAUAUUGUGAGUGAUGCUGGGGGUGAUAUUGUGAGUGAUGCUGUGAGUGAUAUUGUGAGUGAUGCUGGGGGUGAUAUUGUGAGUGAUGCUGGGGGUGAUAAUGUGAGUGAUGCUGGAGGUGAUAUUGUGAGUGAUGCUGGGGGUGAUUUUGUGAGUGAUGCUGUGAGUGAUGCUGUGUGUGAUAUUGUGAGUGAUGCUGUGUGUGAUAUUGUGAGUGAUGCUGUGUGUGAUAUUGUGAGUGAUGCUGGGGGUGAUAUUGUGAGUGAUGCUGGGGGUGAUAUUGUGAGUGAUGCUGUGUGUGAUAUUGUGAGUGAUGCUGUGUGUGAUAUUGUGAGUGAUGCUGGGGGUGAUAUUGUGAGUGAUGCUGUGUGUGAUAUUGUGAGUGAUGCUGUGUGUGAUAUUGUGAGUGAUGCUGUGUGUGAUAUUGUGAGUGAUGCUGGAGGUGAUAUUGUGAGUGAUGCUAGGGGUGAUAUUGUGAGUGAUGCUGUGUGUGAUAUUGUGAGUGAUGCUGGGGGUGAUAUUGUGAGUGAUGCUGGAGGUGAUAUUGUGAGUGAUGCUGUGUGUGAUAUUGUGAGUGAUGCUGGGGGUGAUAUUGUGAGUGAUGCUGUGUGUGAUAUUGUGAGUGAUGCUGGGGGUGAUAUUGUGAGUGAUGCUGGAGGUGAUAUUGUGAGUGAUGCUGGGGGUGAUAUUGUGAGUGAUGCUGUGAGUGAUAUUGUGAGUGAUGCUGGGGGUGAUAUUGUGAGUGAUGCUGGGGGUGAUAAUGUGAGUGAUGCUGGAGGUGAUAUUGUGAGUGAUGCUGGGGGUGAUUUUGUGAGUGAUGCUGUGAGUGAUGCUGUUGAUGCUGUGUGUGAUAUUGUGAGUGAUGCUGGGGGUGAUAUUGUGAGUGAUGCUGUGAGUGAUGCUGUGUGUGAUAUUGUAAGUGAUGCUGUGUGUUAUAUUGUGAGUGAUGCUGGAGGUGAUAUUGUAAGUGAUGCUGGAGGUGAUAUUGCGAGUGAUGCUGUGUGUGAUAUUGUGAGUGAUGCUGGGGGUGAUAUUGCGAGUGAUGCUGGGGGGUGA